AUGCCUCCCCAACUCGAUGCUUCGAUGUUCUCGGUCAAGAACGAGAAUCAUGUUGGACUUGCUAAUCUCAGCGUGGACUUUUCCCUCGUCAAGGUCGAGGUUCCUAAGCAGUUCGAAGGCUUGGGCAAGGCUCUCUCCCCGCACCGGCGAGAGAAUGCUGAGCGGGGCCCUCAGCAUAGAACGGCGCGCAGACUCGGGGCGCUGUUCGAGCAAGUUAUACCCGAUAUUGAGGUGCUAGCUGCUGUGUACGGUGAAAGGGUAUCGGAGAUCGCGGCAUCUCGUCAGCUAGACUUGAAGGUGAGUGACAGUGGGUUUGGGCCCAUCGCUAAUGCUUAUCCCAUCAGUCGUGUUAGGCGCGGCCUGCUAAUUGCGCUGCAGGAUGAAGAAUAUGGGCCGUUUUCAAGAUACGCUGGCGUAGACGGCACUUCUAUAUACGCCGCAGCAUCCUCUGGAAGCAGCGUCAUAGCUUUACAUUUGUUGGCUUGUAUGUUGGCACGCAUGCUCAAGGACGCUGAAGCUACAGCCUUCUGGGUCCAGCUGGUCGAGUCCCGACUAGAAGAGUUGAAAUCGAAGGCGGAUCCAAGUCAAAUUCAUGGCAUGGCAGCUCUUUAUACAAUUCAACAUGGCCACCAAAUCACCAGGGACGACCUGGCAGCGUGGGAUGCCAGUGCACGAGCCUGGCUUGACAUAGCGACCGAAGUAAAGAAGUGGGAAACAACGCAGCUUCGGCUCAUUCUCAACAAUAUCCCUCCGAUCGAGGUAGAAAAGGAUAUUUACAAAUUCUGGAUUGUUGCCAUGACCUCGAUCCAGAAAUCCAUCCAAGGUGUACCGCAGGAUAUCACCAACAGUGUAGUCCUUCUAGGACUCAUGUCGUGGCAUAUCUAUCCUGACCUUCAUGUUUUUUCUCCAAACCAAUUCAUCUCGUUUCAUGAUCCUCUCGUCAAAAAAGGGGGCAUCAUUACUCUUGGACUGGAGCAGAAAGGCGAAAACACCAGUGGCAUCAGCUGGUCUAUUUCUCUCUCUCACUUGCGCUUCUAUGGUGACCCAGUUACGAUAAAGAAGUCUUCAGAUGAAGAUAGCGACAGAAUAACUAUUCAGGAACUACAACUUAUCGCCUUUGGGGGAGUAUUAGGAAGCUGGGCGAACCCAGCCAUGGUCGAUAUCAACGAGGCUGCCGAAUGCUUUGACGCACUUGGGGCCGCUCUCCAGUUCGACAACUCAACAAGUGAAACGAGUUAUGAUGCUCCUCUGGGUUGGCUUGCGCCACUUAUUGCAGCUGCGAGGUUUUUCCUACUGACUGUCGACAAAGAUCGGGAGUCUGCGCUCUAUUUCAUCAAUUUUGGGAGACGCAGAGGCCGUAAUCUCCUCGGCAACGACUUGCAUGGCGCAGUGCCAAUGUUCGGGCUGUCUAACCCUUACUUCAAUUUCAGAUUCCUUAUGGAGCCUAAGAUCAGUUGCGACAAUCCAACGCAAUAUAUAACCAGACUUCGCCAGCUUGCUGAGGACUGUAACUUUCACGAGCAUGACAGCGUCAUUAUCACAGGAUCUCGUUACUCUGUCGAGCCCACGGAUCCUCAUAGCGACCAGUUCGAAGGCAAUUGGGAAUUUGCGUCUGCGAUCCCGAUGCAAAGAUUUGAUCCAGGGGAUGAGGACUGCUUCUGGCUUGCAACAAGUAACGAAUACGCAGAUAUCAAUCUGAUUGCGCGGAAGUGGAAGUUCGUUUGGAAAGAUCCUCCAUACACUUACCGCCAGCGAUACUCAGACUUGUUGGAUGAAUCCGUUCAAGAAAACGAUUGGUUUUUAUCCUCGGCCUCUCUCUCUCCUGAUAUGGCCUUUAGCCCAGUCGAACUAUUUUUCAAAUCUCUGACCGCCAUGGCUGCGGUAUCUGAUCUCUACGCAGAAUGGCCAGAAGCAAUAAUCUCAGUUGCCACCACCAAGAAGCCGUUGGGCUCCAGCUACUGGGCCUCCAAUAUAUGGAAUCACUCUACCCUCGGCCUCGAUGGCAAAUUAUGGCGCUCAACCAAAUUCUCUUGUCUGACUAUGCUUGAAUCUGGUGGACACGACAUACACCCCGAUCAAAUCGACCUAGUCAUAGCUAUGGCAACUGGAAAUUCGAUCUACGCUUCAGAAGCACUUCUGCAAGACCCUUCACUACGCGAUAACUCUGGUCUCUCUUCUUUUAGAGGAAUUCGACGCCUCACUGGCAACGUGGGGUAUCCCGGCGUAGUAUUACUUGUUCCACCGCCAAUGCCGCGCGUCCUCCAAGUCGAUAAGACGCGUGGGCGCUUUGUGCAAGCCUACCCGUUUGAUGGAACCCUCCGAAAUAGUUUUUCACAGACAUCUAUCCACCUCAAGUUUACAGAAUUUGUGGUGCCGUUAGCAAGCGCCCGUGGUGCAGUCGACGCUGAUGUGGUAUUGCGUGAAGCGCUUAUAUCUGUAUAUGAUGGAUCCAGAUGGAUUGCUGAUCUGGAUAUCCUGCAAGCCUUCGAAAGCCGGGAUCUUAUCCGAUUAGGAAUUCAGUUUACUCCCGGGGCCAAAAAGCCUGUUCUUAGGCCAUUUGCCGAGUACAUCAUGUUGCUGCUUUGA